CUCGCCCAGGCGCGCUCGGCCCGAGCGGCGGCGGCGGCGGCGGCCGAGGAAAAAAGAUGGCGGCGGGCUCGGAUCUGCUGGACGAGGUCUUCUUCAACAGCGAGGUGGACGAGAAAGUGGUGAGCGACCUGGUGGGCUCGCUCGAGUCGCAGCUGGCGGCCAGCGCGGCCCACCACCACCACCUCGCGCCGCGCACGCCCGAGGUGCGGGCCGCGGCCGCCGGCGCGCUCGGGAACCAUGUUGUGAGCGGCAGCCCGGCCGGAGCCGCGGGCGCAGGGCCGGCCGCCCCCGCCGAGGGCGCGCCCGGAGCGGCGCCGGAGCCGCCCCCCGCAGGUAGAGCGCGGCCGGGGGGCGGGGGGCCGCGGCGCCCGGGCCCCCCCUCACCGCGCCGCCCCCUUGUCCCCGCAGGGCCCGCGCCGCCCGCCGCGAAGCUGAGGCCGCCGCCCGAGGGCAGCGCGGGGGCCUGCGCCCCGGUGCCCGCCGCCGCCGCCGCCGUCGCCGCGGGGCCCGAGCCCGCCCCCGCCGGCCCCGCCAAGCCCGCCGGCCCCGCCGCGCUGGCCGCCCGCGCCGGCCCCGGCCCCGGGCCCGGCCCCGGCCCCGGCCCCGGCCCUGGCAAGCCCGCCGGCCCCGGCGCCGCGCAAACUUUGAAUGGGAGCGCCGCGCUGCUGAACUCGCACCACGCCGCCGCACCUGCUGUCAGCCUGGUCAACAACGGGCCCGCCGCGCUGCUGCCGCUGCCCAAGCCCGCCGCCCCCGGCACUGUCAUCCAGACGCCCCCCUUCGUGGGCGCCGCCGCGCCCCCCGCGCCCGCCGCGCCCUCGCCCCCCGCCGCCCCCGCGCCCGCCGCCCCCGCCGCCGCCCCGCCCCCGCCACCCCCCGCGCCCGCCACCCUGGCCCGGCCGCCCGGCCACCCCGCCGGACCCCCGACCGCCGCACCCGCCGCGCCGCCCCCCGCCGCCGCCCAGAACGGGGGCAGCGCCGGGGCAGCCCCCGCCCCCGCCCCGGCCGCCGGGGGCCCCGCGGGGGUCAGCGGCCAGCCCGGGCCCGGCGCGGCGGCUGCGGCGCCAGCGCCGGGGGUCAAGGCCGAGUCGCCCAAGACGGUGGUGCAGGCGGCGCCCCCGGCGGCGCAGACCCUGGCGGCCAGCGGCCCGGCCAGCACGGCGGCCAGCAUGGUCAUCGGGCCAACUAUGCAAGGGGCGCUGCCCAGCCCGGCUGCCGUCCCGCCGCCCGCCCCCGGGACCCCCACCGGGCUGCCCAAAGGCGCGGCCGGCGCAGUGACCCAGAGCCUGCCCCGGACGCCCACGGCCACCACCAGCGGGAUCCGGGCCACCCUGACGCCCACCGUGCUGGCCCCCCGCUUGCCGCAGCCGCCUCAGAACCCGACCAACAUCCAGAACUUCCAGCUGCCCCCAGGAAUGGUCCUCGUCCGAAGUGAGAAUGGGCAGUUGUUAAUGAUUCCUCAGCAGGCCUUGGCCCAAAUGCAGGCGCAGGCCCAUGCCCAGCCUCAGACCACCAUGGCGCCUCGCCCUGCCACCCCCACAAGUGCCCCUCCCGUCCAGAUCUCCACCGUACAGGCACCUGGAACACCUAUCAUUGCACGGCAGGUGACCCCAACUACUAUAAUUAAGCAAGUGUCUCAGGCCCAGACAACGGUGCAGCCCAGUGCAACCCUGCAGCGCUCGCCCGGCGUCCAGCCUCAGCUUGUUCUGGGUGGCGCUGCCCAGACGGCUUCACUUGGGACGGCGACGGCUGUUCAGACGGGGACUCCUCAGCGCACGGUUCCAGGGGCGACCACCACUUCCUCAGCUGCCACGGAAACUAUGGAAAACGUGAAGAAAUGUAAAAAUUUCCUAUCUACGUUAAUAAAACUGGCUUCAUCUGGCAAGCAGUCGACAGAGACAGCAGCUAACGUGAAGGAGCUCGUGCAGAAUUUACUGGAUGGAAAAAUAGAAGCAGAAGAUUUCACAAGCAGGUUAUACCGAGAACUUAAUUCUUCACCUCAACCUUACCUUGUGCCUUUCCUGAAGAGGAGCUUACCCGCCUUGAGACAGCUGACCCCCGACUCCGCGGCCUUCAUCCAGCAGAGCCAGCAGCAGCCGCCACCGCCCGCCUCGCAGGCCACCACUGCGCUCACGGCCGUGGUGCUGAGUAGCUCGGUCCAGCGCACGGCCGGGAAGACGGCGGCCACCGUGACCAGUGCCCUCCAGCCCCCUGUGCUCAGCCUCACGCAGCCCACGCAGGUCGGCGUCGGCAAGCAGGGGCAACCCACACCGCUGGUGAUCCAGCAGCCUCCGAAGCCAGGAGCCCUGAUCCGGCCCCCGCAGGUGACGUUGACACAGACACCCAUGGUCGCCCUGCGGCAGCCUCACAACCGGAUCAUGCUCACCACGCCUCAGCAGAUCCAGCUGAACCCACUGCAGCCAGUCCCUGUGGUGAAACCCGCCGUGUUACCUGGAACCAAAGCCCUUUCCGCUGUCUCGGCACAAGCAGCUGCUGCACAGAAAAAUAAACUCAAGGAGCCUGGGGGAGGUUCGUUUCGGGACGAUGAUGACAUUAAUGAUGUUGCAUCGAUGGCUGGAGUAAACUUGUCAGAAGAAAGUGCAAGAAUAUUAGCCACCAACUCUGAAUUGGUGGGCACGCUAACGCGGUCCUGUAAAGAUGAAACCUUCCUGCUCCAAGCGCCUUUGCAGAGAAGAAUAUUAGAAAUCGGUAAAAAACAUGGUAUAACGGAAUUACAUCCAGAUGUAGUAAGUUAUGUAUCACAUGCCACGCAACAAAGGCUACAGAAUCUUGUAGAGAAAAUAUCAGAAACGGCUCAGCAGAAGAACUUUUCUUACAAGGAUGACGACAGAUACGAGCAGGCGAGUGAUGUCCGGGCACAGCUCAAGUUUUUUGAACAGCUCGAUCAAAUCGAAAAGCAGAGGAAGGAUGAGCAGGAGCGGGAGAUCCUGAUGAGGGCAGCAAAGUCUCGGUCAAGACAAGAAGAUCCAGAACAGUUAAGGCUGAAACAGAAGGCAAAGGAGAUGCAGCAACAGGAACUGGCACAAAUGAGACAGCGGGACGCCAACCUCACAGCACUAGCAGCGAUCGGGCCCAGGAAAAAGAGGAAAGUGGACUGUCCGGGACCGGGCUCGGGAGCAGAGGGGUCGGGCCCCGGCUCAGUGGUCCCAGGCAGCUCGGGUGUCGGAACCCCCAGACAGUUCACGCGACAAAGAAUCACGCGGGUCAACCUCAGGGACCUCAUAUUUUGUUUAGAAAAUGAACGUGAGACAAGCCAUUCACUGCUGCUCUACAAAGCAUUCCUUAAGUGACACAGGAGGACGCCUGGGGACUUUUUAUAUAUUUGCAGAUUACGCCUUUUUGUAACAAGCAAAUGGGAUAUUGUUUAAAAAACAGCCACCUCUUUACAAUGGAACAGUUUUAUAUUCCUGUUUCUAAAUCAACUCUUCAGUGUGAAAGAAAAUACGUUUCUGUAACAGAGAGAACACAAAGGCCUGUGGAUACUCUUAAAGGACAGUUAAAUCUUAACUCAUCUUGAUUGAGUGGCCUUCUUGCCAAACAAGCCAUAUAUAAAGACUGAUGGAAUCGUUAGCAAAUAAUUAGCUGCCCUCUGUCAACUCAUAGCAGUUUCUGCAUUAUUUGUGCAUUUUGGUUUAGUUCUACCUAACUUACUAUGUAGGUGUAUGUCUACAGCCGAUGACCUCAUUUCGUUUAUUUUAUUUGUGUAAUAGUCAGUUGGCAAAGCAAACUGAUAUUUUAGACUAUUUAUCUUCCUUCCCCUCCCCUCCCUCCGGCUCUCCUCUCUGCCCCCCUCCCCUCCCUUGCCCUCCCCUCCCCUGCCCUCCCCUCCACUCCGCUGAGAAUCCUGGAGGAAUACACAAUUCAUCGUAGCGUCCCCGCCUCAGAGUGUAAUCGCAUUUCUGCUUGGUAGAGGCCGAGCCCAGCAAAGGUGGCUCCUUCUGAAUGUGUGGUCAGCAUCUGUACAAAUGCAUUUUAUUUGCUAUAGUUUGUAAAGCUGUAAAGUUAAAAGAGAUGAAAACCUUUUCAGCAUAAAUAUAUUUUACUUGCACUGUGUUUUUUAGCUAAAAGUGAAAACCUAGAUUAAAUAAAAUCAAAGUUGAGAAGAAUCAUCAAAAGACUGUUUCUCGGUGUGAAUCAAGUGUUGAAAAAUGGUUGGUGUAUUUUGUCAGUAAUUGUACAUAACUUUUGGCACAUGACAUAGAAAUGGCUAUGUAAACUAUAAUUAUUUUGCUAAGAGACUGUAUGCAAGCCUUGGGCCGACUUUACAGACGUCCAGAGCAAAGCCCCUUCUUUGUACCUAUUUUUUUAUUACAAAUAUACUAAUUGGUUCUUUCUAUUUUCAGAGGUUAUUGUAUGAAAUUGUCUAUUGAUAGUACUUUUAUGACUGUAAAUACUCCGGCUUUCUCCGUGUGAAUUCUCACAUUAGACUUUAAUUCGAGCGCGUGUGAACUGAAUGCUGAUCAGUAUUUUUUAUCAACACCCGAGAACUGUUACACCUUUUAUUUUGUCUUUUAGGAAAUCCCUUUCUUUCCAUUUUUUCAUGUAAAUUUUGCACAGUUACUUGUUCAUAUGUAAAUAUUUUACUUUCAAAAAUGAAGUUUUUAAUUGCUAUUGUUUUAUAUAGGAUUGAAAGAAAAUUAACUCCUUUAUUAAAAACAAAUUUAUCUGUA